AUGGCGGGUGUCCAAAAUGGACACGUUCCCGAGUCAAACAACAGGCUCGGUGGACGCGUCCAGAGCUCCAAGGAGUCAAAACGCAAACAAGGCUUUGUAAAAUGGACAUUUGGGCUCGUCGCAAGAUUAUGUAUCUGGUACGCGUUGCUCACGCCGUUUUUCCGCUGCCCUUCAAAUCCUUCAGAAUUGGACCAGUCAUCGCCAGCGGUUUGCAAACCGUACUCGUUAGCCAAAUCGCAUAUUGAGCCUCAUGUUCUUCCGUAUUACGACAUCUAUGGUGCACCGUAUGUGGACUUGGUUCGCCCAUAUGCCAACAGCUUGCAUGAGCAAGUUUACUCUCCUGUCGCAAAGGUCGCAAAGAGCGGUUAUGACACAUAUGGAGCCCCCACUAUCGCGCGAGCUCAGGCACACGGCAAGAAGCGAUGGGAGACUGAAGCCGUUCCGCGAUUGAGGUCUGCCCAGGCAAGCGUGAGCGAAAUCUAUGAAGCUAAUGUUGGCCCGCAUGUCAAACGCGCAGCAGCGGUCAUAAAACCGCAUUACGAUGAUGUUAGUGGCAGAGUUAGACAGCUAUACAGUGUAUAUGUCUUGCCUUCAUACAACCGGACGAGACCUUUCAUUGGCAAGACAUAUUCUUCGGGUCAGGUCAUUCUUGUGGAUAAUGUCUUGCCCUUCACGCACAGGGUAUGGUCUUCCAUUGUGUACUUUAUCAACACUACGCUCUGGCCCAGUGUGACCGGUCUCUACUCAGAAAAUGUCGAGCCGCAGCUGGUCAAAAUCGGCGAGAGACUAGCCAGCUACCGGGAGGGGAAGAAGUUGAGAACGGUUGUGGACGAGGUUGAAGUUGACAGUUCCUCGGUCAAUAAAUCGCCCAAGUCUACUAGCAGCAUCACGUCCUCCAAGAUCGAGACAACCACGGCAACAGCUACCACUAGCUCCAACGACCUUGCGGCGACUGAAAAAUCGACCAAAUUAACCCCUUCGCAGCAGAUUGAAGAAGCGCGUCCGAUAGUGGCUAGUGAUCUUCAUAAAUGGCAGGAAAAGUUCACCGUUGCAGCUGACAAAGGAGUCGACGACUUAGAGGAGCGCAUUAAAGAAAUUGUCGACCGCCAGAUUGAAGGAGCCUCUAGGAGACAUGGAGAUAGCUUGGUCGAGGCUCUACUGGCCGUAUCAGAGCAGCAGCUGUCUGAUAUUAAGGAGCGUAUUAAUGCUAUUGUGAAAAGCUUACCAGAUGAAGCUACUCCCAAGAUCGAGGACGAUGCCCAGGGAGAGCUGCUCAAGGAAAUCAGGUCAGCUGGAGUUGCAAUAAGGGACCGUGCUCAUGCUCUUAGAGAGUGGCAAUCUUCAUUCGAUGAUGAAUUGACACGCCGUGUAUCUGCGGCUGUCGAGUCAACUCUUGAUAUCUUGGACGGUAUCCGCGACCUCGGGCUGCAGGAGAUUGGUAUGAGAUGGGCUUGGAUGGACGGUGUCACCUACAAGGACUGGGCCAAAUACCAUGCCCUCAAGGCCCAGUUCGAGGACUGGCGCAGCGAGGUUAGGGACAUUGGCAUGCAAAAUGAGAGGCUCGGAGAAGCCAGAGACCUGGCAAAUGAAAUUUUAUCUCGUGGGAUGACGAUUGCAGAAAAUGCAGCAAAGGAAUUAACCCGCCUGAAGGAGGUUGGCAAAUGGAAGAUUGAGGCUCGAGAAGUCAGCGACAACUUCGAUACAAGACAGGAGCCUCCCACUCGCCCGAAGCCAAUCUCUGCUACUGAAGAUCAUAUUGAAGAGCAAGUCGUGUCUCAAUCCACGGUUUCUGAUGAAACUGCUACAGACGAGUCUUCCUUCGAACAACGACAAAACAGCGAAAACCAGAGACCACUUCAAGCUGCCGAAGAAGCGGACGCCGAAGAAGCUGAUUCUGAACUGCCUAAUUUGGACGGCUCCAAUGAAUCGCUCGCCGAGGAAACAUCCCAGAGCUCUUCUACUGAAGAAGAUACUCCUGCACAGGACCAACCUUCGGCUCCGAGGGUUUGGGGAGGGGCUGCAGCUGAGUCUAUUCCCGGGAGGAAGGGAAUCGUCAACGAUGUUGUUGAUGAUGACUCCGAACAGCACAGAUUCUCUGAAGAACUACAGAACCUAGCUAGCAAGGCAGGCGACCGGUAUGCCGAGGCCACCAAGGUUGUUAGCGAGGCGUUGCUUGGUGAGCCCUCUAGCCGCGGGGUCAAGGAGAAUGCUGGGUCUGUAGUCAGCGAUCAGUACUCAAGUGCUCUGUCCGCUGCUUCAAGCGUGCUCUAUGGGACUACACCCAGUCCAGGGGAAAGCAUCGUUAGUGCCGCAUCUGAGAAAUAUAGCCAGGCUGUUUCUGCGGCUUCUUCCGCUUACUAUGGCACUUCAUCUGCCGCAGGACCGUUGGAGUCUAUUUCGUCUGUCGCAUCCUCCAAGCUGCAAGAGGGUCUUAGUCUUGCUUCGGCCCAGUAUGCGAGCGUCAAGGCGACUAUUUCUCCCACUCCAACCUCUAAUCAGAAUCCCGUCCUGCUUGAUGCUCAACGCCGCUACUAUGAAGCAGUCGGGCUCGCACAUGACCACUACUCGGCAUUUGUGACCUCUGCUUCUGAAGCAGUUUUCGGUACUCUCACUCCUUCGGCAGCCCCGAGCGGCUUCCUGGAUGCGUUGGAAAAUGCCAAGUCGCAUUACAGCCAGGCUUCUUCUCUCGCCUCAUCUAGCCUUGCGGCAGUUGUAGCAUCAGCAAGCUCCGCCGCGAGUUCCAAGGGACAGGAUGUUCAGAGCAUAAUUGCAGACGCCUCCUCGCGAUACAGUGCUGCGCUGUCGGCGGCAUCCGCUUCUCUGUCGUCUGUCUCAGUUUCUGCAAGCGCUUCCAUCUACGGAACGCCCACUGGUCGUAUUGAGUCCGUCGCCAGCCGAGCGUCAGAGAACUGGGAUACCCUUAUUUCAAGAGCAAGUGAACAGAUCUACGGAACCCCCACACCUUAUGUCCAGCAGAUAUUGGAUCAAAAAGCAGCCCAGUAUGAAUCUCUCAAGGGUCUGGUUUCGGAGCUUGUUGUCGGAAAAGAACCCGACUUCACCGAGAGCGUCAUGAGAAAGCUACAGGCAGUGUAUGAGACCCCAUAUCCAGCUUCUGCAUUGUCCUCCGCCUCAAGCUAUGCGAGCGAUGCUUAUGAGUCUGCUUCGUCUGUUGCGGCCGCUUACGUGACGCCAUUGCCAGCCGUCGAGGACAUAAUUAAUUCUGCAAAUGAGCAGUUUAACUCCGCUGUUGACGCUGCCAGUGUCUAUGUUUAUGGCACAAGCAAAGGCCCUUAUGAGCAAGCAACAUCCGCUGCGGCUAGUAUCUACAAUUCCGCAUCCUCGGGGGCGAGCGAAGCCAUAUACGGCACUCAGACAGGGUAUCUUGAGGCUGCUAGCGUGGCUAUUGAAGGUGCAUUUGUCUCUGCUCAAGGCGCCCUUAGCACUGCCGUGUAUGGUACUCCGACUGGCCCAGUUGAGUCAGUCUUCAAUGCUGCCAGCGAUGCGUAUGCAUCUGCAACAUCUGCCGCGGCAGACAAAGCGUCUGACGCAAGCUCCGCGGUUGGUAGCGCUUAUUCCAGCAUCCAAUCCAAAGCAAGUGCCCAGAUAUACGGUGAACCGCAAGGUGCUCUCGAGAGCGCAACCAACCGAUUGGCAGUUGCAGUCGAAAGCGCACAGGCACGUCUCUCCAGCCUAGCCUCCAAAGCCACCGAUGGAGCAUCCGAAGUUUUCUCCUCGGCUGCAUCUGUCGUGGAGGACUCUGGAAGCAGUGUCAGCAGCGCAGCUAGCAAGUUGAAGGACGAGCUCUAAACACUGAGCAAUUCGCCGUUGCAUACCAAAUAGCUUACUCUAAUACGGAAUAUACAUACCACGCAAUAUCGCGAAUUGUGGACGUGACUAUAUGCUAUCUUUAUAUCAUGACGAAUAUCUGGCAGUCCAUUUUCGAGUCGUUGCAAGACUGAUGUUUUCAGUUCUUUUUGUUACUAAGCUCUACCUGUGACAUUUGUGGU